AUGGUAUUACAAAAGGCUGAAAAAUCUGUGGAACAACAACAGCAGUUACAACAGUUGUUAGAAAGUUUUGAUGAUGUCUUUCAGGAUUUGAAGUCCUUACCACCUUCUAGGGGUCAAUUUGAUCAUAGAAUUCCUUUGAAACAGGGAACUAAUGACAUUAACCUAAGACCCUAUAGUCCAUGUUGGCAGUCGCAUUUAUCUCAUUUGGAAGAUGUUUUGGGGGUUUUGAGACAACACAGGUUGGUAGCAAAGAAGAGUAAAUGUGAAUUUGGUACAACCGAGUUAGAAUAUUUGGGGCAUAUUAUUUCUCAAGAGGGGGUGGCAAUGGAUCCUGCUAAAGUCUCAACUAUUCAACAGUGGCCAAUUCCAAAGAAUAUCAAAGAGUUAAGAGGGUUUUUGGGGUUGACUGGAUAUUACCGAAGGUUUGUUAAAGAUUAUGGGAGCAUCACUAAGCCUUUGACUCAGUUGUUAAAAAAAGAUUCUUUUUGUUGGUCUGGCACAGCUCAACAAGCAUUUGAAUAG